AUAUCCUUUAUUUUUCUGCAUUUAAUUUUGUUCUAACAGACCUCUCCAAUGGCCUUUUUUUUUUCCCUGUAAAUGCUCAGCCAUAGCAGAAUUAGCAAUCUGCUGCUCUCCCUCGUGAGUUUCUGACUCUCUCUCUGCAAACGACCCCGAAUGGGCCCAUCUUCUUCUUCUUUUUCAAAACUCAAUAAUCCAAUCUUCAAGAAUCAGAGAAAAACUUUAUUGUUUUCAUCUCUUUUCUCGCACCAGACACUGCCCACUUGCCUUUCAGUUUGACCCUUCUUUUUUUUUUUUUAGUGGAAGAAAAUAUGAAGUGUUUUCAUUUCACCAACGGGGAGCGGCGAGAGGACGAAGAGGGAGGCGGCGGCGGCGGAGGUGGAGGCGACGUCGUUUCAAGGGUGGUCUCCAGAGUGUCGUGGGCAAGGUCGUUGAGUGUGGCGUCGAGUAGUGUGGACACGAGGCGGUCUGAGUUUGACUCUGAGUGUAACUCGUCGAGGGACUUGUCGGACUCGCUCGGGUUCUAUGAGUUCUUGUCUCAGCGGAGAGCUAAUGAUCUGCGAGUCUUCACUUUCGCGGAACUGAAAUCGGCUACCCGAGGGUUCAGCAGAGCUCUAUUGAUCGGCGAGGGAGGAUUUGGCUGUGUUUACAGAGGUGUUGUUAGGGUUCCUGAUUAUGAAAACGACGGUCUUGAUUCUAAGAUGGACGUUGCUAUAAAGCAGUUGAAUCGUCACGGUUUCCAGGGGCAUAAGGAAUGGAUAAAUGAGGUGAAUUUCCUGGGUGUAGUUAAGCAUCCGAAUCUUGUCAAGUUAGUGGGAUAUUGUGCUGAAGAUGAUGAAAGAGGGAUGCAACGGCUUCUAGUUUAUGAGCUUAUGCGUAACAAAAGCUUAGAGGAUCAUUUGUUGGCUCGAGCGCCAACCCCUCUUAUGUGGAUGACAAGAUUGAAAAUUGCCCAAGAUGCAGCUCGUGGAUUGGCAUACCUCCAUGAAGAAAUGGAUUUUCAGCUAAUAUUUCGAGAUUUUAAAACAUCAAAUGUUCUGCUAGAUGAGGACUUCAAGGCAAAGCUAUCAGAUUUUGGUUUGGCUAGGCAGGGACCUCCUGAAGGACUUGGACACGUUUCAACCUCUGUUGUGGGCACAGUUGGUUAUGCAGCUCCAGAGUAUGUUCAGACUGGCAGACUGACUGCAAAGAGUGAUGUUUGGAGCUUUGGGGUGGUUCUCUAUGAGCUUAUCACGGGAAGGCGAGCACUUGAGAGAAACCUACCUCGGGCUGAGCAGAAACUUUUGGAAUGGGUAAGACCAUAUGUAUCAGAUUCAAAGAAGUUCCACCUUAUUGUUGACCCACGACUUGAAGGACAGUAUUGCAUCAAAUCAGCUCAGAAACUAGCAGUUCUGGCAAACAAGUGUCUAAUGAAACAGCCAAAAUCCCGACCUAAAAUGAGUGAGGUAGUAGAGAUGCUUGGAAAAAUCAUCAGUGAGACAUCAUCUCAAGAUGAAGUUGCCUGUGAACCUGUUUCAGAAGAUGAAGAAGUUAAGGAAGAAACCUCCGUGGACACUGAUGAGUCUAUUAAACAAGGGAAUGGAUAUCGGAAGAAGGUUUUUGAUUUAAGAGAAAUAGUCAACUUGAGGAACAGAUCCAUAGGGAAAUUGGAUUGGAGAAAUUGGACACCUGGGUUGGUAAGAACUUCAGAAUAGAUAUCUGAUCGAGUAGAAAUUGCAUAGUACACCCUUUCUUUGUCGUAGGGAAUGGAUGAUUAGUGGGUUUCAUCCGCACUGUUGAAGAGAUGAAUACUGGAAUACUUAAUGCAAAAAGUUGGAAGGGUAUUCAUUUUCUUUUUGUUUGCAAGAUAGCUGUAUAUAUAGGUUGUUGGGCCUGAAGUGACAAGACGUACACUUCUCUGAAAUACACACUGUAAUCACAAAUUUGCAUGUCGAUUACAAUAGCCUUAAAUUUUGCCUAAGAUGUGGGUAGUCAUAUACGUGAAUAAGCUGAUUUCCAUUUCGUGAGUCCUA